AUGGAAUUCAUUUCGAAUUUAAUCAAACGACCAGUGAGUUUAGUCAGCGGUGGUGGUGAAGUCACGGAUAAACCACAAGAAUCGACAUCGAGGCCAACAACAAUUGGCAGCUUUGAAAAUGCAGAAAGUCUUCAAAAGGAAUUGAAUUCCGCUAAUCAGCCAAAGGAAAAUCAACAAGAAAAUUGUGAAAAUAUUGAAAAUAAACCAAGACCCAAUUCCACAUCACGUCCAACAACAAUAGGAAGUUUCGAAAAUAUCGAAAUCCUUCAAAAGGAUUUGAAUUCAUUAGCCAAAGAAGUUGAGCAAAUGGAAAAUAUCGAUUUCCUUCAAAAGGAUAUGACUUCCAUGGUAAAGGAGGGAGUUCAACAAAUGGAAAAUUUAGAAAUCCUUCAAAAGGAUUUAAGAAUUACUCAUUCAACAGGUGUUGGUGAAAUUGUAAAUAUGCAGCAAAAUACCAAACCCAAUGAGAGUGUGGAAAAUCCUGAAAUACUUCCAAAAAUUAAUAUUGAAGUAAAAUCCAUUAAUACGGCAAAUAAAAAUAAGAGUCCUAAUAACGGCGAUGACAAACAACAACAGAAUGUGAGUUCUACUGACUUGAAACCAAAUCGAAAUGUUGAAGAUCAAAACCAUAAUAUCUGUGAUGAGAACCAAGUAAAACAAAAUGAUAUUUUCUCUAAGAAUGUUAUAGAAGAAUCUUCUACCGAUUUAAAAACUGAUGUCGUUCAAGAUCCUAAUGAUAAUAAAGAUAAAAAGAAUAGCAGUAUUGAAAAUCAAGAAUCUUUAAAUAAGGAUAUUUCAGAGGAAAUCCCUUUGGAAACAAAUACAGAAUCAAAUAAACUAAGCGAUUCCGAAAAUUGUAAUCCUAACAUUCAGGAUUCUCAACAUUUUGGUGAUACAUGUUUGAAGAACAGUGAUAAAAGGGAGGAAGGAAUUACGGAGGAAAAUGUUCAGGAUACCAAUGAACGCGUUUCGAAAAAUCAACUAAAUUCAGAAGAUAAUCGGGAAAAAGUUGCGGAAAUUGAAUCGCACAUUAAAAACUCAAAUAACGAAUCUGAAAAUGGUAAGGUGCUUGACAGGCAGGCGGAACUAUUUCAAGCUCAAAACUCAUCUUACAAACAAGAAGAAGACAAUAAAUCCGAAGAUUUAAAAAAUAUACAAGAACUACAAUCGCAUCCCAAACAAGACAAUGUUGAGAUACAAAACCAGCUUCAAAAUCAAAAUAAUGGAGCUCAACAAAAGCAAUCUGAAGAAACUUCACAAAUAUCUGCAGAAAGUCACAACUUGGAAUUACAAAUAAAACCAGAAGAACAUCAGGAACAAGCAGCAGAGCCUCAAGAAUACAUUAACGAUCAGAAUCAACAAACAAAUGACAAUUCCUCCAAUAGAAUUUCUCAAACUCCUAAGGAAGAUAAUUUGGCAGAUAAUGUUACUCAAAUCACUCAGGAUGUUAAUACUCAGCAAGAACAAACUCAAAUUCAACAAAAAACUGGAAACCAAGAAGAAAAUGUUACAACACAUUUACAGAAACACAUUGAGGGACAAGAACCAAAAAUGCAUAAUCCAGAUAAUUUAGAGGAUAGUCAAACUAAUUUAGUGGAUUCUCCAAAUGCCAAUAACCAAGCAAAGACUACUGAAACUUCUUCAAAUAUUGAGGAUAAUAAUAAGAAAUCCUUUGAAUCAAAUAAUUUGGAAGGUCUUCAAAAUAGUAUUCCAAAAAUUCCCUCCGAUAAUCAAACUCAGGAUUCUCAGAAUAUUCCUAGAGAAAACACAGAUCUUCAAAGUGUUGACGAACAAUUACCAAAAUGUCAAGAAGAAAUUACUUUAGAACAUCAGCAAAUUAUUAAUGAAAGUAAUCCUCCAACAUUGCAACAACAAAUUCCUUUAGAAUUUCGGCAGAAUAUUGAACCACCAAGUCCAUCACCAGAACCACAGCUGCACAACCGUCCUUUAUCAUCCAUGACCUCUUCGUUAAAUGGCAAUAUCACUGAUUUUAUUGGUGUUCCCGAGGAAGUACUUAAAGAAUUCGAUGAAGAGUAUUUGCCUCCACCACCACCGCCAUUACUUUUACCGCCCGAUGAUGAUAACAUCAUGCAUUCACAGACUCCGUCCCCACCGCCACCUCCACCAGUUCUUACCUCAUCAAUGACAGCCUCACAGACCAUCGAUGAACUUUUAUCGGAAAUAACAGAUAAUCUUACUUUGGCGGGUAUUAACGAUGAGGUUUUGGCCAUUGCAUCGCCUCACCAAAAAUCUGAGCACAGUCCCUUGUCUUCAAAGACCUCACUGAACAAUUCAAAGUCCACACCAAAAACUCCCACCAACAAUGGAGUCCAACAACAGACAGCUGCCGGUACAGCUGCUGCUGCUUCAAUUGGCAACUGGUCUAUUCGAUGA